AGUCUUGCUCGUUGUUUCUCAAUUUAAUGCUUGAACUAAAUAGAGCCUCACACUCUUUUCAUUCACUGUGCUCUCUCUCUCUCUCGCUCUCUCUCUCUGACUCUGACCCCAAACAUUAAUUUCAAAUAAAGAUUUGUCAUAUUUUCAUUGUUACUUAAAAUCCUCUGCAAAAUCUUAAUUGUUUGUGGCAGAUAACCCUAAUCCAUUAACAGUUUUUCUGGUGUAGUUCAAGGAAGGAGACGAUCCGGAGGCUUAGCUGGUGUUGCCCAGUGUUUUCAUUUGCAGACAAUCUUCAUCCCUGAAUAGAAUGCAUCUUCCUUGUCACAUUCUACCCUGCUAAGUGUUAAAGUUCUUGCUUCUAGAAAUAUGGGGGUUGAGAAAGAAGGUUCUAAAAAUGGAGCAGGUUAUGUUGGGGGUUUCUUUCAUCUCUUUGACUGGAAAGCAAAAUCGAGGAAAAAAUUAUUCUCAAGCAAGUCAGACUUACUAGAGCAUUCUAAACAGGGAAAGAGAUAUGACAGCAACUUGCCAACUACGCGGCUACAUCUGAUGGAUGAGGAUGAAACUGGAGCAGGAUCGAGUAUCAAAGGAAGCACUGAGCAUAGUUGUGCUUCGUCAGUUACAGAUGAAGAAGGAUGUGGCACUCGGGCCCCUAGUGUAGUGGCAAGGCUUAUGGGAUUAGACACGUUACCCCCUUCCAAUUUUCAGGAGCCGUACUCAACCCCAUUUUUUGAUACUCAAUCUCUUCGAGAUGCUCACUACCACAGGAAGAACUUUGAUUAUUAUCAUGAUCAUCAGGUUAUGUAUUCUGGAAACAUGCUUAAUAAGAUGGAUGGGCAAAAUUCCAUGAACUUUGUUGAGUCAAAGCCUCAAAAGACAAUAAGCAGGCCAAUUGAGAAGUUUCAAACUGAAACUUUGCCUCCUAAAUCAGCGAAGUCAAUUCCAAUAACACACCAUAAACUUUUGUCUCCUAUCAAGAAUCCUGGUUUUAUUCCAACUAAGAAUGCUGCUCACAUAAUGGAAGCUGCCGCAAAGAUUAUUGAGCCUGGCCCCCAAGCUACUGCCAAGGGAAAAAUGCCUCUGGUAGGAUCUUCUUCAGCCCCCCUGAAGGUUCACGCUCUGAAAGAGAAGGCGGAGGCUACGCAAAAAGUGUCUGUUGGUUCUUCAGUAGCACUUAAAGUUCGAGACUUAAAAGAGAAAGUGGAAAAUGCUCAUAGAACGUCCAAACCUUCUGAAACUUCUCGUAGGCCAGUAGAGUCUAAUGCUGCCAGGUAUCUCAAGGGACAGUCUUUGAACAAAAGUUGGAAUGGAUCUAUGGAAACUCCAUUUAGGACUUUUCCUAAUAAAGAAGAAGGUUCUUCUGGCUUAAAGAACAAAGGAAGGUCCAUUUCACUUGCUAUCCAAGCAAAGGUCAAUGUUCAAAGAAGAGAAGGUCUAAAUCCAAGUAUUAGUAGAAGUGAUGUGGGCCAGAGAGAACAGGGUGAGGUUAAGUCAAGCCAGCCCUUUAGGAGGCAACCAAAUGUUCAAAAGAAUUUGCAUAAGAAAUCAUCUUCUCAAAAUGCAUCUGGUGUUCUUCGACAAAACAAUCAGAAACAGAAUUGCCUAAUUGAUAAAGACAAACUAACUUCAAAGCCCUUGGUUUCAAACCCACAGGGAAGGAAACUAAUGUCUGGGGAUUCUUCUGUUGGACGUCACAAAACCUCAAACAGAAGUAAUGUGAGCUCCAGAACUGGAUCCAGGAAGUCAGGCUUAGAGACAACUGAUAGUGAAAGUAGCACUAGGACUCUUCCCAGAAAAAAAAGAUCAAUAAAUGGAGAUUUUCACUUUAAUAGAAGUCGGGGUGAUGAUAGUACCUUGAAUGACAAAAAUCAGAAGCCAGCAAAAUCUAAUCCAGUUAUUGACAAUCCCUAUAGUUGGGCCGAUGAAAAUCGAAAGAAAGGCAUUGAUGUUGUUUCCUUUACAUUCACGGCCCCACUUGCAAGACCACUACCUAGUUCUGAGAUUUCUAGUCAGGUUACACAGAGAAAGUCUAGUCUUUCUGUGGAUCACCGAGGUAAAAGAGUGUUGCUCGAUUCAGAUGGUAUGAAGUUAUCAUCACUGGGGUACAAUGUGAUUGGAGGUGAUGCUUUGAGUAUGCUUUUGGAAGAAAAGUUAAGGGAAUUAACUUAUGGGCUUGAGUCAUCUAGUCAUGAAACUGCCAAAGUAGGGCCAGCUUCAGGUUUGGCAUCACAUUUAGAAAAUAUGAUACCUACUCUUGAUGUUGGUGCUACUCCAAGGAUAAAUGAGCAGAGAGACCAGCAUGUAGUGGUCAAAGACAAGUCAGGAGGCUAUAACUUUGACUUUUCCUCUACUGAUCAUGCUGCAUUCAGAUUCAAACAAAAGUUUCAGGGAGUUGACAAGUUAGAUGAAUAUAGCAACGGUCAUUUUGAAGCUGUGAAAUUGGAUAGUUGCCGACAUCCUAGUCCAGUUUCUAUUUUGGAACCUUCUCUUUCAAAUGAAAGUUAUGAUUCUUCAGUAAGCACAGACAGUAACAGCACUGAAGGAAGCAAGUUGUGCUCAUCUGUUCAAGCUCAAGAUGUUCAUGGUUUGAGUUUUCCAAAGAAGUUACUCUCAGUAGAAGCUGAUACCGAGCUGUCAGAUUCAGCUUCUUCGACAUCUUUUGGUUUUAUUGCAAGGAAGCAUGCAUCCAUGAUCAGUGUGCCUGAUCCUGUGAGAUCAAUUGAGUGGGAACUAGCUUAUGUGAAGGAGAUAUUAUGCAAUGUGGAAUUGAUGUUUAAAGACUUUUCCUUGGGUCGUGUUCGUGAUGUUAUAAAUCCUCAUCUCUUCAACUUGUUGGAGAGUAGAAAAGGAGAAAGUGAUUGUGGCGAGUCUAGGCUGAGACGGAAGGUGUUAUUUGACUGUGUGAGAGAAUGCUUGGACUUGAGAUGCAGGCGUUACGUAGGUGGGGGAUUCAGGAUGUGGGUGAAAGGGGUAGCAAUGGUGGGAAGAAAAGAGUGGUUAGCUGAAGAAGUGUAUAAAGAAAUCUCAGGUUGGAAAGGCAUGGGAGAUGCAAUGGUGGAUGAGCUUGUGGACAAGGACAUGAGUAGCCAAUUUGGAAGGUGGCUGGACUUUGAAGAGGAUGAAUUUGUACUGGGGGUAGAGGUUGAGGCUCAAAUAUUUAAUUCACUGAUUGAUGAAAUUGUGGCUGAUGCAAUUCAAUUUUAAUGCUUGAGGCAUGGUCAUUCUUACCCCCCAGUUUAUGUAAUUACCCUCAUUUAUGUCUCUCUUGGGGGUUCUUGUAAUUGUUGCAUUCUUGAUAUUGUAAUUCUGAGUUAUCAAUGUGAUUGGAAAAUGCUGCUUUUAUUUUCUCUCUUGAGUGGCAAGUCAAUAAUUAAUAUUUUUCCUUCAUAGUA